AUGACUGAAAAAUACAUGCAAGAGGUUGAGAUAGAUUCAGAGCUUGCCAGCCCAGAUGUUGUCGACGAUGCUCUUAACGCACGUGAAAAGGCCUUAGUCUGGAAACAAGACCUACGCAUUAUUCCCUUGUGCGCUGCAAUUUACCUACUUUGUUAUCUCGAUCGCUCUAAUAUCGGCAAUGCCAAAAUUUUGAAUGCGGAUACUCACAAUGAUCUUCUCUCUGAGACUAAUAUGACUUCAUAUCAAUACACGAUUGCACUCAUGGUAUUCCUAAUCGCAUAUGCACUGUUCGAAGUCCCAUCAAACUAUUUCCUGAAGAAGCUCCGCCCAAGUCGCUGGAUCGCCUUCCUCAUGAUCUCAUGGGGCGCAACAACAAUGGGUCUCGGUGGUGCACACAACUACGCCCAAGUCACAGGACUCCGAUUCCUUCUCGGCGUAAUGGAAGCUGGCCUCUUCCCUGGCUUUGUAUACUACCUUACAUUCUGGUACCGCAAUUCAGAGCGAUCGAUCCGUGUAGCUCUGAUUCUUGCCUCGGCAACACUCGCUGGAGCAUUUGGUGGUGCUAUUGCCUUUGCUGUAGGCCAUAUGAAUGGCGCUCAUGGUCUUUCUGCUUGGAGGUGGCUAUUUAUUAUUGAGGGGGCCCCAUCGUGCGCAUCUGCUGUGUUAGUCUGGUUCUUGUUGCCUGAUUACCCAGAAACUGCCAGUUGGCUUACUGCCGAGGAGAAGGAACUUGCUGCGCAGAGAUUGAGUCUGGAAGGAUCUAAGGGUUCUGACCAUGCUAUGUCUUGGGAGGAUGCUAAGGCCACGCUAACGGAUUGGAGAUUGUAUGCUCAUUAUGCGGUAUACUUCGGCAUCUCAGUGCCAUUCUCGAGUCUUUCUCUUUUCACACCUGCCAUUACUGCGGGUUUGGGAUACUCUGACCUCCGCGCUCAGCUGAUGACCGUGCCUCCAUACGCGGUUGCCUAUGUCGUGACUAUAACUGUGGCCUGGUCUGCGGACUACUUCAACAGCCGUGGUCUUCAUUCGGCUAUAUUUUCUUUCGUUGGAGCAAUUGGCUUUCUUGCCUCCGCAGUUCUACCCGCUAGUGCAUAUCUAAGCCGCUACGGAUGCCUUAUUGUCGCAGCCAGCGGAGCUUUCGCCUGCAUCCCACCUCUACUAGGAUGGUUAUCCUCCAACAUCAACUCAACAGCCGGCGCAGGGCUCGCAAUCGCACUUAACAUCUCGUUUGGUGCCCCAGGCCAGAUUGUUGGUGUUUGGAUCUACAAAAGCAACGAAGCAAAGGCUGGCUAUCCAACCGGUCAUUGGACAAAUGCAGCAUUGCUUUUCUUUGUGGCAGCCGGCUGCAUUCUAUUGAGGCUCUACUACGGGUGGCGGAAUCGCCGUGGAGAUGGGGCAAGAGAUGGAAAGAGUUUCGCAUAUUAG